GUGUGUGUGUGUGUGUGUGUGUGUUUCAUGAAUGAGCUCCGGUUUGGCUGGGAUUAUCGUCUCUUAUCUGCACAUCUCAGCUCGCGGGAACCUCGGCGCGCGGUGCACACAUGGCGCAUUCUGGAGAAACUGCGGAGCUGCGCGACGGGAAUGGAGAGGUUUCACCAUCAGACCUGAAGGAUCAUCCUGCUGAAAGGUCUCACAGCAGUGCAGAUAACACAUCAACUGAGGAGAGCUCGGAGGAAGAGGAAACCCAUGAAGAGGAAGAGGAAAGAGAAUCAGACUCCGACACGAGACCCAGAGCAGAACAUCACAGUGACGAGCAGCGUCAGGCCAGCUGUGAGAAGUGUAAAGCUCUGAAGAAUCCCAAAUAUGAGCUGGUCACCCCCAGGAAAUUGUCUCAAGAUCGGCUACAGUAG